AUGAAGGAAGAACAGUGGGCACCAGUGAUAGUAAUGUUAAUAUCAAGUGCUGCAAUGGGAUCAGUGAAUGCUCUCGUUAAGAAAGCACUUGAUUUUGGUGUUAAUCAUAUGAUAUUUGCUGCUUAUAGAAUGGCGAUUUCUGCUGUAAUCUUGGUUCCGUUUUGUUAUAUUUGGGAGAGGAAAACAAGACCAAGGCUAACGUUCAUGCUUUUGGUCGAACAUUUCAUCAGUGGAUUACUUGGGGCAAGUUUGAUGCAAUUUUUCUUUUUGCUUGGGCUAUCGUAUACGUCACCAACUGUUUCGAUGGCUCUAAAUAGCACGUUGCCCGCUAUUACCUUUGCGUUGGCCCUCAUUUUCAGAAUAGAGAAUGUGCAAAACCUGAAGAGCAAAGCAGGUGUGCUCAAGGUAUCAGGAACCCUAAUUUGCGUACUAGGAGCAAUGUUCUUAACAUUUUACAAAGGUCCACAGUUAUCACACCAUCAUUCUCAUCCAGUGGCUCUUCACAACAACACAUUGCAUAACAAUGGUCACGACCAAACAAAAAAGUGGCUUAUUGGCUGUCUUUACUUGAUCAUUGGGACCGUAUUAUUGUCUCUAUGGAUGUUGUUUCAAGGGAAAUUAAGCGCUAAGUAUCCUUCCACUAAGUACUCAAGUACUUGUCUCAUGUCAGUAUUCGCAGCAUUUCAAUGUGCCAUUUUGAGUCUUUAUAAGAGUAGAGAUAUCCAAGAUUGGGUCAUCGAAGACAAACUCGUCAUCUUUGUCAUCUUUUACGCGGGAAUAGUGGGACAAGCCAUGUCGACAGUGCUGACGUCAUGGUCAAUAAAAAUGACGGGAGCAGUUUUCGUGUCAACAUUCAUCCCCGUCAGUCUCGUCUCUGCUACGUUGUUCGAUUUCCUCAUCUUACACUCUCCUUUAUAUCUCGGAAGCAUACUUGGAUCAAUAGUGACAGUAACGGGCCUCUACGUGUUUCUUUGGGGUAAGAAGAGUGAGACACAUCAGUCUGAUUCCAAUAGUUUUCCCACUUCCAAUGUUUGUCAAAAGAUUGAAAACGAAGACAAAAAUGACAGCAAUACUAAAUUGCCCAAUUGA